ACACAUUCGGCACGAUUUGACUCAUCGGUGGGCUAUGCUAGAUUUUAACGAGAUAAUUGUAUAGAAAAACACCUUCUUUUUCUACAGAUUAAACAUAAUGUGUUAUCUGCUCUCUCUUCAAUAUUUGAUUUGAGUUCUUUAUUCCAUAGCAUGAUACUUGUUAUUAACAUAAUCAAGACAAAAAAAUUUGUCACAAUCAAAAUAGAAGGUUUUUUUUACUUUCUCUACAGCCGUAUAGUUCGUUUCUCUUGACUGUUGUGCUUUUUCCUUUGCAUAGUAACCAGUACAGUGUCUGUCAACAUUGCACAUAGAUUCUUUUUUGUUUUCGAACUUGUGAUCAGCGAGUUUGUACUUCGAAUAGUCUGUUCAUUUUUAUCUCGAACUAGAAUUCAUCUGUUCGAAUGGCAUGUCAAACAGUAAAGGUUUGCAGAAAAAAUUUUGCGAGAAACUCUACAAUCGUCACUUCGCUCCGUAUGACGCUACAAAUAGAUAUGAGAAAACAUAAAAGAAAAAGACCUAUGAUUGGAUUUGUCGAACGAGGAAUGUAUAUACGAAAAUAAAUCUGUAGAGAUACUUACGAAUCAUGUCGAAUGUAUGAAUAAAUAAAAUAUCUAUUAAAGUUCAUUUUUAAUUAUUUCUAUAGGAAUAACAUUAGAAUCGAAUGGUGAAACAAAACAUAAAUAUAAACCAUGUGAUCUUCAUUUUCCAUCCGUAGCUGAUCGUCUUCAAUGGAAUCAAUUAUUAAUUAUAGAUUGGUUAGAUAUUAAUCCACGUUCACAAGAAUAUUCUUUUCUUAAAGAACUUGGCGUACGAGAAGUACCAGAUUUACAUAAACUUAUCUCUCGAAUUGAUCAAGAACAUAAUUAUGGAACAAAAAUAAAAGACGAAUAUAAAUUACCUAAUGCACUUAUUUUUUUUGCCGAAAAUUUUCAACAAUAUUAUUCUAAAGUAUGGAAAAAUGCAAAUAUUAAAAUACCAUUUCUUCCAUCUAUUCUACCCGAUAUAAAUCAAUCAACAGAAGUUAUAUUAACAACAUCUGAUAUUGUUUUUAAAGAAUCAGGACCAUUAUGUCCAUCAUUACUUCCUGAAGUACUUCGAUGUUUUUCAAAAUAUUUUGAUAUUAGUUUACUUGGUGUUAAACAACGUCCUUUAUUAUCAAUAGCAUUUGAUAUUUUAAUGGAAAAAAGAAAUCAAUUAUUAAAUGUUGAAUCGGCUUCAAUCUAUUUUUCUUAUUUCAAUAAAUUAGAUGGUCUUAAUAGAACAUUUAUUGAAAGAAUAUCUAAUCGAGCAUUUAUUCCUUUACCAGGUAGUAAUAUUUAUUUAAAACCAUCUCAAGUAUUUAUUCGAUCAAAAAAUUCAUUUACUAAUGAAAUAUCUUCAAAUAAUGAUCUAAACAUUACAGAUGAUAUGACAACACAUGGUCUUAUUGAUUAUAUAGAUUAUGGUUAUCAAGCAAAUUCUUUUCUUCUUAAUAUUGGUGUUCUAUCUUAUCCAUCAGCUGAAAAUCUUGCUGAUUUAUUAAUUGAACGACAAGCAUCUUUUUUUGCUCAAAUAAAAGAUAAUACAAAUGAUAUGAUAUCAAUUAAAUUACGUGUUUAUACAAAUUGUUUGAAACAAUUAGCUGCUAUAUCAAAUAUUACAAAAUAUUUAAAUGUUGAACCAUUACGAAGUCGUUUAAUUAAUAAACCAUGGUGUUUAGCAUAUCAAAUAAUCGAACGAUCUAAUGGAAAUAAAGAACGAAUUUUUAAAAUUGCUAAACCAAUAGAUAUUUAUCUCGAUGAUGAUCAUCAAUCUGCAAUUGAUCUUCGUCCAUUAUGUGCACCUGAUGAACCUGAAUUAACUAAAUUAUAUGAAUUAUUUGGAUCAAAAUGGUUAUCUGAAAGUGUUAAACGAACUUUAAUACAUAGAGGAAAGUUUUUUGUAACAGACAGAAGUAAAAAUUUACACGAUCUUAUUCGUCAUCGUUUAGACAUGUUAUUUGUUAAUAAUAGAGGAGAACGAUUAGAUAAUAUUGAUGAAAAAUCUAUUGAAUUAUUACGAACAAAAUUCUUUAUUUAUGAAACUGAAGGAAUUCAAUGUCAAUUAACAUUUCAAAAUCGAACAAUUACACUUAAUUCAACAGAAUGUAGUUCAUGUGCAUUGGAACAUGAAAAAAAUAAAGUUACUUUAUAUAUUCAAAAAGAUAUUUCAACUCUUGAUUAUAUUGAUAUUGCUACGGAAUUAACAAGAUUUGUUUAUAAAAAGCCACUUGAUGCAUUAGUUCAUUCUAUUAGUGAUAAACUUGCUUCACCAUUAGAAACACUUAAACGACGUGGAAUUCCUGUUGAUCGAUUGUUAAAACUUGCACCACAACAAUGUAAGUGUAACAAAAUAUUUUUUGAAUUAAUUAAU